UUCCCUUCCUCCUCCAGGCACUGCCCACCCACCCCUGCUAACCAAGAUGGCCAACUUCACACCAGUCAAUGGUAGCUCAGGCAACCAGUCUGUGCGCCUGGUCACAUCAGCCCAUAACCGCUAUGAGACAGUGGAGAUGGUGUUCAUUGCCACGGUGACAGGCUCGCUGAGCCUGGUGACUGUUGUUGGGAACAUCCUGGUAAUGCUGUCCAUCAAGGUCAACAGGCAGCUGCAGACGGUCAACAACUACUUCCUGUUCAGCUUGGCAUGUGCCGAUCUCAUCAUAGGCGCCUUCUCCAUGAACCUCUACACCGUGUACAUCAUCAAGGGCUACUGGCCACUGGGCGCUGUGGUCUGUGACCUGUGGCUGGCUCUGGACUACGUGGUGAGCAAUGCCUCUGUCAUGAAUCUUCUCAUUAUCAGCUUUGACCGAUACUUCUGCGUCACCAAGCCCCUCACCUACCCAGCCCGACGUACCACCAAGAUGGCAGGCCUCAUGAUUGCUGCUGCCUGGGUCCUGUCUUUUGUGCUCUGGGCGCCUGCCAUCUUGUUCUGGCAGUUUGUGGUGGGCAAGAGGACAGUACCUGACAACCAGUGUUUCAUUCAGUUCCUGUCCAAUCCAGCGGUGACCUUUGGUACAGCCAUUGCUGCCUUCUACCUGCCCGUGGUCAUCAUGACAGUGCUCUACAUCCAUAUCUCACUGGCCAGUCGCAGCCGGGUUCACAAACACCGGCCCGAAGGCCCCAAGGAGAAGAAAGCCAAGACCUUGGCCUUCCUCAAGAGCCCUCUGAUGAAGCAGAGUGUCAAGAAACCCCCUGCAGGAGAAGCUGCUAGAGAAGAGCUGCGAAAUGGGAAGCUAGAAGAGGCCCCCCCACCGGCUCUGCCACCCCCACCACGUCCAAUGGCUGAGAAGGACACUUCGAAUGAGUCCAGCUCAGGCAGCGCCACCCAGAACACCAAGGAGCGACCGCCUACUGAGCUGUCCACCACAGAGGCCACCACGCCUGCCACGCCUGCCCUUUCUCGACAGCCGCGUGCCCUCAACCCAGCCUCCAAAUGGUCCAAAAUCCAGAUUGUGACGAAGCAGACGGGCAACGAGUGUGUGACAGCCAUUGAGAUCGUGCCUGCCACGCCAGCUGGCAUGCGUCCAGCGGCCAACGUGGCCCGCAAGUUUGCCAGCAUUGCCCGCAACCAGGUGCGCAAGAAGCGGCAGAUGGCAGCCCGGGAGCGCAAGGUGACGCGGACCAUCUUUGCCAUCCUGUUGGCUUUCAUCCUCACCUGGACGCCCUACAACGUCAUGGUCCUGGUGAAUACUUUCUGCCAGAGCUGCAUCCCUGACACGGUGUGGUCCAUUGGCUACUGGCUCUGCUACGUCAACAGCACCAUCAACCCUGCCUGCUACGCCCUCUGCAAUGCCACCUUUAAAAAGACAUUCAGGCACCUGUUGCUAUGCCAGUACCGGAACAUCGGCACUGCCAGGUAAUCAGGCAGGAGUGCUAUAG